GAUUCCCUUCCAACUCUCUAGUCGGCUGCCGCUUGAAGCGUCCUCGCAUCUAGAGAGCAUGGAUACUCAAGUUAAGCUUGCUGUGGUGGUUAAAGUGAUGGGCCGAACCGGAUCGAGAGGUCAGGUGACCCAGGUCAGGGUCAAGUUUUUGGAUGAUCAAAAUAGACUUAUUAUGAGGAACGUGAAGGGCCCAGUUAGGGAAGGUGAUGUCCUUACCCUUCUCGAGUCUGAAAGGGAAGCUAGGAGGCUGCGCUGAUGCUACUGCAUGGUCUGAUCAUGCCUACCUUCAUGUGAUGUUUCUAAAAUGGAGCUUCUUGAUGCCUUUUGUCAUGUUUUCCAUUAGCACUAGUGCUGGUUUUUGGAUUUUUCUUGUUGGAGUUCAUUAUAGUUUAUGUGUGAUGUUGCUACAGAGCCAGACGAAGUGCAACAUGGUUGUUUUGUUUCUAGUUUUGGAUUUAGCUUAAUUUUUGCUUUUAUCAAGGUUUUUGAAACUAUAUACCCUGUGGUCCAAAAAUGUUACGUUUCCUAUUUGUGCUAUGAAUCUCCGGCUUCAAUUUA